ACGGCGGAACUUGUUUUCAUUUCGGAAGUGAGGUGACAGUCCAGUCAGCCUCUCUCUUAACUGUAACGUCCCUUUAAUGUGGCUUUAAUGACGUCUGCCUAAAAUUAAAUCUGUAUGUUGACCUCUGACAGCUUCGCUGUUUGGUCACUUUGGUGUUCCAGGUCUUGCAGUUACAAUGGCAGAGCACACCAACGUCAGCUUGCAACCAGAGGCACGAGUCCGUGCUCUGACCAAGAAGGGAAGCACGGUGGAGGUCAGUGAUGACGUUCCGUUGCGCCGAUACUUCCGCUCGGGUAUGGAGAUGCUUCGUAUGGCGAGUGUCUACAUAGAUGAGGGGAACAUCGAGAACGCCUUCGUCCUUUACAACAGAUUUAUUACACUCUUUGUAGAAAAACUUCCAAAGCAUCGGGAUUACAAGAUGGCUAUUGUUCCUGAAAAGAAGGACACAUUAAGGAAACUCAAGGAUGUUGCAUUUCCUCAAGCGGAAAUAUUGAAGAAAGCUCUUUUGAAAAGAUUUGAGCAAGAACAUGCACAAUAUCUGGCUAAAAAGAAAGUGGAGGAUGAGCUGUUGGCGCAGGAGCUGUCCAAGCAGAGAGCGUUGAAUGCUGAGCGGGAGCGUGUGGCCGAGAUGCAGCGGCGGCAGAGGGAGCAGGAACAAUUCAGUGCCUUUGAGGAGAUGAUCCGACGCCAGGACCUAGAAAAGGAACGCCAGAGUGUUCUUCUAGAGUUUGCAACUCCUGCUCAGCCCUCCAGUGAAAUGCCCCUCAUUCCAGGCAUCCAGGGCCCACCCGUGGUCUCCCCAACUCUUCCACAAAUCCUAAGGGACUUGUCAGGUGGCACACAGAAUCAGUUCAACCACACUCCUUUAAACAACAGCGCGACCAGUCCACCUAGCGUUGACCGCUCACUCAAGCCCGGCACUCUGGUCAGCCCAUGCAGUAAUAAUACGAUGUUAGACGCUCCUCGACAGUUGGCGGUUCCCGCUGCGCUGGCGUGCCAGAGUUUUCUGAGGUUGGCUGAAGCCAACACAAGUCGAGCUGUGGAAACUUGUGGCAUCCUGUGUGGCAAAUUGACCAGAAAUGCGUUUACUGUGACCCACGUGAUUAUACCAAAGCAGUGUGGCGGACUGGACUAUUGUGACACCGUAAAUGAAGAAGAACUGUUUCUCAUACAGGACCAGUACGAUCUAAUCACUUUGGGUUGGAUACAUACCCACCCCACACAGACGGCCUUUUUGUCCAGCGUCGACCUCCACACACACUGCUCCUAUCAGAUGAUGCUGCCCGAGGCCAUCGCUAUUGUCUGCUCGCCAAAGUUUAACGAAAUUGGAUACUUCAAGUUGACAGACAGAGGAACGGAAGAGAUUUCCACUUGUAAACAGAAAAGCUUUCACCCACACAUCAAAGACCCCCCACUGUUUACACACGCUGGACAUGUGACUAUCACGAAUGAUGCUGUGUCUGUGAUGGAUUUGCGGUGAUUUUUAACGUUUUAUUUCUGUCUGAACACUUAAAAAGUCUCAAAUCAAAGUGCAAACUGGAAAAACAAACUGGGGAAAAGAACUCAAAUUUUUUUUCCAGGGUGGUACCGACCAGGAGCAUUUUUAUGGACUAGAGUUGUUAUAAAAGGAACAACAUUGUGACAUUUCGCUCUGUGACAAAAAAACUCAAUACAUGACUGCACUUUCUCAGCAGUGUCAUCUUCUCAUUAAAGAGACUGACAAACCA